AGGCCAAAUCRUUGGUGCUCGAGGCUAAGCGGGUUCUGGAGACGUGGAAGUUGACCUAUUUUGACAUGAGUGCAGAAAUUGAAAAAUUAGGCUCAGUUCCUCACUGGGACUUUGAUGGUAAAAGACUGUUUGAGAGGAGCGAUUACAUGGCUUCUGUCUGCCAGGACCUGUGCAACAUGUUUCAGCUCYUGGAGGAAUUCAACAACGUUUUAGGCCUUGAGCAUAUAGAUAGAAAAGAAAUGGCAAACAAACUGGAGGGUCUGGUUUUACCCAUUCAGGAGGUCAGUUUUAAUCCUUUCAGCAUCUCUAGAAAGAGCAACUGGAAAAUUAUCAUCCAAGAGUUUGGCACAAAUAAGAAGGUCGUUGAGGGAGAGAUCAUCAAACUGAUCGACCUGUCUUUUAACACACUGCCCUCCUCRGCUGCUACCCUUGAGAUGCUACAGAAUUUGAAACAAAUCCAUUCUACAGAGGCCAUCAACAACUGUUUGAUUAGAAAGUUUAAUGAUGUCCUGACCCAGAAGUGCAAAGAGGUUGACAGCAUUAAGGAAAUCUUUGAAACACAGAAGGACAAUCCACCUUUGAAUAGGAAUGAGCCUCCUGUGGCCGGAUCUAUCAGGUGGGCCCAGACUCUUUUCUGCCACAUGAACCAAACCAUUCUUCCCUUCCUGAAAAUGGCAGAGGAACAAAACAAAAUGGCAAAUGAGAAGUACCGGUAUGUGGAAAUUGCAGUGCAGAUUCAGAAUUAUCAGGCAAAGAAGCAUGAGUGCUGGAUGGAUGGAUUAGAAAAGACYCUCUCAGUACUAAUGAAAAAGCCUCUGUUAAUUAUUAAAGCAAACAAGGAAAUGGAUGUGCCAAAACCUGAAAGAAGCGAUACAAACAUUGUGCGAUACAUUGUUAACUUUGCUCCAGAAAUCAAGGAAAUAAUUUCUGAAACAAAAUAUCUUGAGUUACUGAAUUACUCUGUUCCUCAACGAGCCCAAUAUGURACCCUACAAGAGGAAGAACUCCUCAGGUAUGUUGAUGAGCUGAAUAUGCUUGUCAGCAGAUAUCACUCUGUGCUGGACAGCUUGAGYGAGCUGCAUCUCAGUCUGCUGGUACCAGAAAUAAAAAGAGUCGAAAACGAGAUGUACUUGGGACACAAAAUACUCACUUGGAGUCUCCCAGGGAUACCUGACUUCAUCAGUCGAGGUGUCAAUGCUGUCUCUCAAUUUGAGUCUGUGGUCAGUCAGAUUUACAAAAACGAGAAGGAAAUCRAUUUCAAGUUGGAGUCAAUAUUGAUGGCUAAUCUACUGAAAUGUCCAGUACCAGAUAAUUCAAGUGACUUACCAGGUGUCAAGACUUUUUGUUCACUUAUUGAGGAAGUGCRAGCCAAGACUUUGCAUUUGCUCAGGAAAACAUAUUCUGACAUAAGUUUCUUGAUCACAAAGACGGAAGAUUUGAUAAUGAAAACCAGUAGCGGUAAAGCCAAAUGCAUGGCCCCAUACUACACCUACUGGGAAGGCAAAGUGUUUGAUUCCCUUCUAAARAUGGUACAGAGGAGCAUUCAGGCUUUCAACAUGGCACUGAUGGGAAGUACUGCUCUCUUCCAAAUUGACGCCUUUCUGUCUGCCCCAAAGAUUGUGUUACAGCCCCYCAAACAAGAGCUCUACCGGCUGCUCAUGCAGUGUGUUAAAGACUGCAUAGAGAGUACCAAGCAAUUUCCACGUUGGAUGCAUGGGACCUGCAUUGAAUGCCCCCCUCAGAAAGUGGCCGGUGAAGAUGAGAUGGUGACGUUCACUUUCUUUAGUGAUGUAUGGCAGCAUCCUCAGAUACAUGAAAGCGCGUUGACAGCAUCCAAAAACAUCCAACAACUGCUCCUCUCCUUGGACCAAUACCUUCUCCUCUGGAUGUGCUAUCGGUCCCUUUGGGAGCAGAAUGAAACCAUUGUCAAUGAAAGAUUUGCAGCAAAGAAGCCAUCCUUUGCCRCGUAUGACGAUAAGCUACACUUCCUUGCUGAUGUCAAAGAGCAGGUGAUGCAGGAGCCUCUGAGCAAGACUGAGCGCUCAAUCCAUCUGAACAUGGAGCCGCUGGUUACCACAGUACAAGAAAUUGCAGACUCCUGGAUCAGAUCACUUGGUAGCAUGCUCCACAAGUCUGCCAAAGAAGAUCUCUUCAACUUGAGAGAUGAGCUCAUGAAACUUUCGAAGACACUGAAGCAGAACCUGGACACUAUGGAGGACCUAAAAUUUGUCCUYGGUACUAUCAUAGACCUCAAGAACAUGUCUGUAGAGGUGGAAUUAAGAUUCACCGACAUCCAGGAACGAUACAGAACCCUGUCCAUUUACAAACUGGAGGUUGGAGAGGAUGAAAAGGAGCUGGUGGCCAUUAUUGGACAGAUGUGGAGUGACCUGUUUGCAGAAUCUAGAAAAGUUGAUCGCAGCUUGAAAGAUGUAAAGAAAUCAUUUACCGUGAUUGCAAAAGAGAAGACUGAAGACUUUAAGCAAAAUUUGUCUAUCUUUGCUGAAAGCUUCGACAUUCAUGGUCCUGGAGCUGUGGGUGAAGAUUUGGACAAAGGACUAAGCAUUUUGGGAAAGUAUGAGACAGACCUUGCCAAGAUAGUGGCAGAACAGCAGAAGCUCUCUAAUGCUGAGGAUCUGUUAGGCAUGCCUGUCACUGUGUACCCAGAGGUYACAAGGAUUCAGAAAGUCAUGAGUGGCUUAAGAGAAGUUUAUGACAUAUACAAAGCUCAGAAGAAUGCAAAAGCAAAUUGGUCGCAGACCUUGUGGGUAGAUUUGAAGAUCCAGGUGCUGCAGGAGGGUAUAGAGGGUUUUAUCAAAAGCCUGAAGAAGCUGCCCAUCGAUGUGAGGGCUUUACCCGUGGCUAUUUUUCUAGAUGGGAGCUUGGAAGAGUUUAGAGAAUCGCUGCCUCUUCUGCUAGACCUGAAGAACAAAGCCCUCAGAGAAAGGCACUGGAAGGAGCUGAUGGAAAGAACUGGCACCAGUUUUGAGAUAAACCCUGAUUGUUUCACCCUGGAGAACAUGUUUUCURUGGAGUUGCACGAAUAUGCAAAUGUCAUACGUGACAUUGUCACAUCAGCUGUCAAAGAGCUGAGUAUUGAGAAGGGAGUAAAGGGGGUGGCAGAAACUUGGGAGACCAUGAAAUUCAACGUGCAGCCUUAUUUUAAAGGCACCCAGAAACUUGGUUUUAUCCUGGGAGCAGUGGAUGAGAUCCUGCUCACUCUGGACAGUGACGUUAUGAACUUACAGAGCAUGGCAGGCAGCCGCUUUGUUGGACCUUUUCUUGGCAACAUACAAAAGUGGGAAAAAGAUUUGUCUUUCAUCAAUGAGACCACAGAGAUUUGGUUGGCGGUUCAGCGAAAGUGGAUGUACAUGGAAAACAUAUUCACUGGUGGAGACAUUCGCUCUCAGUUACCCGAAGAAGCUAAGAAGUUUGACAACAUUGAUAAGAUGUUUAAAGAAAUAAUGAACGACACUGUAAGAGAUCCAAAUAUCAAGCGAAACUGCCUGGCUCCUAACCGGCUAGCAAACCUGCAGGCCUUGAGUAAUGGUUUGGAGAGUUGCCAGAAAAGUCUUAAURACUACCUGGACUCCAAACGAAAUGYAUUCCCACGCUUUUUCUUUAUCUCUGAUGAUGAACUGCUCAGUAUUCUGGGGAGCAGUGACCCUGCCUGUGUCCAGGAACACAUGAUUAAGAUGUAUGACAACAUAGCAUCUCUAAGGUUUGAUGUGGAAAACAAUGGAGAGACAGUAGUUGGAGCUAUGGUGUCUGCUGAAGGUGAGGUGAUGGAGUUCAGAAACCCUGUCUCUGUGGAAGGAAGAGUGGAAGAGUGGAUGUUGAAGGUACUAGAGGAGAUGAGAGGGACUAAUUGGUUUAAUACAAAGGAGGCAAUCUUCUACUACUAUAAAGAGAAGAGUAGGGUCGACUGGAUGCUGUUAUAUCAGGGUAUGACAGUGCUGGCUGCAGUUCAAGUGUGGUGGACCUUGGAGGUGGAAAAUGUCUUCAAGAAGGUGAGGAAAGGAGAAAAAAAUGCRCUGAAGAACUACGCUAAGAAGAUGCAUCGCCAGAUUGACGAGCUAGUGACGCGCAUAACUCAACCUCUGGAGGAAAACGACAGGCGGAAAAUAAACACGGUGCUUAUCAUUGAUGUCCAUGCGAGAGACAUUGUGGACAACCUUGUGAACAACAGUAUAAUGGAUGCACAAGAAUUUGAGUGGGAGAGCCAACUAAGAUUCUACUGGGUGCGAGAUUAUGACAACCUGUUUGUGCGGCAGUGCAGUGCUUCAUUCUCUUACGGUUAUGAAUACAUGGGACUUAAUGGUCGAUUGGUUAUAACCCCACUAACAGACCGAAUCUACCUGACCCUUACACAGGCACUUUCCAUGUACUUGGGUGGCGCUCCUGCUGGACCGGCUGGUACAGGGAAGACGGAGUCCAUCAAAGACCUGGCUAAGGCUUUAGGUCUGCUGUGUGUGGUYACAAAUUGUGGUGAGGGCUUGGACAGCAAGGCUGUUGGAAAGAUCUUCUCUGGCCUUGCCCAAUGCGGAGCUUGGGGCUGCUUUGAUGAGUUCAAUCGUAUAGAUUCUGCAGUGUUAUCAGUUAUUUCUUCUCAAAUGCAGACCAUUCGCAAUGCUCUCAUUUUACACUGUAAAUGUUUUCAGUUUGAAGGGCAAGAGAUCAACCUGGAUAACCGCAUGGGGAUUUUCAUCACUAUGAAUCCCGGUUAUGCUGGACGUACAGAGCUUCCAGAAUCAGUCAAAGCCCUCUUCAGGCCUGUGGUGAUGAUUGUACCCGACCUUGAACAAAUUUGUGAGAUUAUGCUCUUUUCAGAAGGCUUCCUAAUGACUAAGGUGCUGGCCAAGAAGAUGACAGUACUUUACAAGCUGGCUCGUGAGCAGCUGUCUAAGCAAUUCCACUAUGACUUUGGCCUGCGUGCUCUAAAAUCUGUUCUGGUGAUGGCAGGAGGGUUAAAGAGAGGUUCUCCAGACCUUAAUGAGGAUGUGGUGUUGAUGCGUGCACUCAGAGACAUGAAUCUUCCAAAGUUGGUGUUUGAGGAUGUCCCUUUGUUCCUUGGACUGAUCUCAGACCUCUUUCCUGGAUUGGACUGCCCUCGCGUUCGGUAUCCGGACUUCAGUGACGCUGURAAAGAGAUACUGCAAAAAAACCAAUAUAUUCUCCUGUCUGAUCAGGUGGAUAAAGUUGUACAGCUGUAUGAGACAAUGAUGACCAGGCACACCACUAUGAUUGUGGGCCCAACAAGUGGAGGGAAAUCAGUUGUGAUCAGCACACUAUGUCAAGCUCAGACCAAAAUGGGGUUGCAUACUAAGUUAUAUCCUCUGAAUGCUAAAGCCAUGAGUGUCAUUGAACUGUAUGGAGUACUUGAUCCAGAUACUCGUGACUGGACUGAUGGAAUUUUUUCCAACAUCUUCCGCAAUAUCAACAAACAUACUGACAAAAAAGAGCGGAGGUAUAUCCUGUUUGAUGGGGAUGUAGACGCCCUCUGGGUAGAGAAUAUGAACUCUGUAAUGGAUGACAACAAGCUUCUCACUCUAGCCAACGGCGAACGGAUCCGUUUGCAGAGUCACUGUGCUCUGCUGUUUGAGGUUGGAGAUCUGCAGCACGCUUCACCUGCUACUGUGUCCCGCUGUGGGAUGGUUUUUGUUGACCCCAAAAACUUGCGAUAUACCCCGUACUGGCAAAGAUGGGUGAAGAACAGACCUGASCAGCAGCAAGAAGUGCUUCAGAGGCUAUUUGAGAAAUAUGUACCUGGAUGUAUUGACAUGAUUGUAGAUGGUAUCGUUGAUGGCAAACAAGUUCAGAAACUGGAGACAAUUGUCCCACAGACUGAUCUGAAUAUGGUCACUCAGUUGGGCUUGACACUGGAAGCACUGCUUGAGGGAGACAGCAGCCAUGCUGAUGUCCUGGAAUGUUACUUCCUGGAAGCAUUGUACUGCUCACUUGGAGCCACGCUGUUAGAGAGUGCUCGGAUCAAGUUCGAUGAGUUCGUCAAAAGGCUUUCCUGCCUAAACACAGAGCAUGAUGAAAAAGUCCUUGUUGGGCCUGGUGAGAUUCCAGGAUACCUGCCAACUCUGUAUGAUUUCCAUUUUGAUGGGACACAGAAUAAGUGGGUUCCUUGGAGUUCUCUUGUUGCUAAAUACACUCACAGCCCAGCAGUAAAGUUUGCUGAUAUCCUAGUGCCAACUGUUGACACUACAAGGACCAGCUGGCUUUUGGAGCAGAUGAUCAAGAUACGAAGGCCAGUAUUGCUGGUUGGAGAUUCUGGCACUUCUAAGACUGCCACAAUUCACAACUUCCUGAAGAAUGUUGACACUGAAACAGGAUCUACUUUGAUCAUUAACUUCUCAUCCCGAACAACUUCAUUAGACCUACAGAGAAACCUGGAGUCUAAUGUACAAAAAAGAACCAAAGAUAUUUAUGGUCCUCCUUUGGGAAAGAGACUUUUGGUCUUUAUUGAUGACUUGAACAUGCCAAAGGUAGACAAUUAUGGUACACAACAGCCUGUUGCACUUCUGAAGUUGCUGUUGGACCGAGGAGGCAUGUAUGACAGGGAAAAGGAGCUAAACUACAAAAUUCUCAAAGACCUUGACUUUAUUGCUGCCAUGGGAAAGGCAGGAGGUGGAAGGAAUGAGGUGGACCCACGUUUCAUCUCACUCUUCAGUGUCUUUAACAUUCCUUUUCCAUCAAUGGAGUCUCUCCACCUCAUCUAUGCUUCUAUUAUUAAAGGUCACACCAGAUUGUUUGAGGACUGCAUAAAGGAAGUGUGUGAUAAAGUCACCUUCUGUACAUUGGAACUGUACAACAUGAUCAUCAAAGAUCUGCCACCAACCCCCUCCAAGUUCCACUACACCUUUAACCUGAGGGACCUGUCAAGAGUCUACAAUGGACUGACCCACACUAAACCAGACAAAUUUCUGACUGUCUGCCAGUUUGUGCGCGUGUGGAGAAAUGAGUGCUUGAGAAUCUUUCAUGAUAGACUCACGCACGAAAACGACAAAGCUUUGGUUCAGGGUCACAUAAAAAACUUGCUUGAAGAACAUUUUCAAUCAGAAAUGGAGGAAGUAAUGAAAGACCCAAUUCUAUUUGGGGACUACAUGAAUACCCUCAGUGAUUCUGAACCCAGAGUCUACGAAUCCAUCCCAGAUUAUGACGCUGCCAAAGCGAAAUUUCAGGAACUUCUUGAGGAGUACAAUGAGACCAAGUCAAAGAUGAACUUAGUGCUGUUUGAUGAUGCUCUGGAACAUCUCACCCGACUUCACCGCAUCCUUCGCAUCGAUCGUGGCCAUGCACUGCUUGUUGGAGUGGCGGGCUCCGGCAAGCAGUCGCUCACCAAGCUUGCUGCAUUCACUGCUGGCUGUGAGAUGUUUGAAAUAAAACUCAGCAGAGGAUAUAAUGAAUCCAGUUUUCGAGAAGAUUUGAAAGCGCUGUACCUGAAGCUUGGCAUCGAAAAUAAGAAGAUGGUGUUCCUCUUUACCGAUGCUCAUGUGGCCAUGGAAGGGUUUUUGGAACUAAUAAACAACAUGCUCACCUCAGGCAUAGUCCCUGCAUUGUUUCCUAACGAUGAGAUGGAGUCUGUCCUCAAUGAAGUUCGUGACGAAGCUCUUAAAGCAGGAGCAGAUCCUUCCAAAGAGGGUGUUUGGCAAUACUUUGUCAGCAAGUGUGCCAACAAUCUACACGUUGUGUUAUGCAUGUCUCCAGUGGGAGACACUCUGAGGACACGCUGCAGGAACUUCCCAGGACUGAUGAACAACACUGUGAUAGACUGGUUCCUGCCAUGGCCGCCACAGGCUUUACAUGCAGUGGCUCAGUUUGUCCUUGGUGAAAAUUCAAUGAUUCCUGAGGCUCACUCCAAUUCAGUUAUUGAACAUGUAUGCAUGGUGCAUACUUGUGUGGGUGAAUACAGCAAGCUAUUCCUGGAAACACUCAGACGAUGUAACUACGUCACUCCAAAGAACUACUUGGACUUUAUUAACACCUAUUCUAACCUUUUGGAGGAAAAGAACCACCUUUUCCUUACUCAGUGCAGGCGUUUAGAGGGAGGUUUGGAUAAACUUAAAGAAGCCAGCGAGCAGCUGGCUGAACUGAAUGUCAAGCUUGAAGAUCAGAAGGUUGUCUUAGCUAAAAAUUCCACAGAUUGUGAAGCACUGCUGGAAGACAUUGCUGCAAACACAAGCGUGGCCAAGGAGAAAAAGGCUCUUUCAGAAACUAAAGCUACAGAGAUUGAAAAGCAGAAUGAAGUCAUUGCUGUUGAAAAGAAAGAUGCUGAAAGUUUGCUGGCUGAAGCUCUCCCGGAAUUGGACGCUGCCCGCUUAGCCCUGCAAGACUUAGACAAACGUGAUGUCACUGAGAUCCGGUCUUUUCCUAAGCCGCCCCAACAGGUGCAAAAGGUUUGUGAGUGUAUUUUGGUGCUGCGUGGCUCCCAUGAAAUCAACUGGCAGUCAGCCAAGGGGAUGAUGUCUGAGCCCAACUUUUUACACUCCUUAAUGGUCAUGGACUGUGAUUCCAUCAGUAACACUCAGAUCAAAACUGUCAAAGGCAUCCUAAAGGACCUAUGUUUUGAGGAAAUGCGAGCCAUCAGUAAAGCUGGUGCGGGAAUGUUUAAAUUUGUUCGGGCGAUCAUACGUUACUGUGAUGCUACCAGGGAAAUAAAACCCAAGAAAGAAAAGGUGGCACGUCUAGAAAAAAAAUUUCUUCAAUCUAAAAAUGAACUACAGAACAUUCAAAGUGAACUCAGCAAAAUUCAGACAGAGUUGCAAAGUCUUCAAUUGAAGUAUGACCACGCAAUCUCGGAAAAGCAGAAGCUACAGGAGGCGGCUGAGGUCAUGGAGCGAAGACUGAUUGCUGCUGAUAAACUCAUCUCUGGACUGAGCUCUGAAAAUGAACGGUGGACACAAGAUUUGGAUGAGCUGAGGCAGCAGCGAGUGUGUCUCCUUGGGGAUUGUCUGGUCUCUGCUGCUUUUCUGAGUUAUGAAGGGGCCUUCAGCUGGGACUUCAGGAAUGAAAUGGUCUAUCAAACAUGGGUCCAGGACAUUAUUGAGAGAGGCAUCCCCUUGAGUCAGCCUUUUAAAGUGGACAACCUUCUGACUGAUGAGGUAGAAAUCAGCAGGUGGGGCUCAGAAGGACUGCCUCCUGAUGAGCUGUCAGUGCAGAAUGGAAUUCUCACAACCAGAGGAAGUCGCGUUGCCAUGUGUAUUGAUCCUCAGCAGCAGGCACUCAACUGGAUUAAAAAUAAAGAAGCAGCCAAUAAACUCAAGAUCUCAUCUUUCAAUGAUCCAGACUUCUUGAAACAGCUUGAGAUAGCCAUUAAGUAUGGCAAUCCAUUUCUUGUCCAAGAUGUGGAUGAGUACAUUGACCCAGUCAUUGACAAUGUCCUGGAAAAAAACGUCAUAGGUGCAGAGGGCAGACAGGUCAUCUUGCUGGGUGACAAGGAAGUGCACUAUGAUCCUAACUUUAAAUUUUACCUUAAUACCAAAUUGGCUAAUCCCAAAUUUUCUCCAUCCAUUUUUGGAAAAGCUAUGGUCAUCAACUACAGUGUUACCCUUAAGGGUCUGGAAGACCAGCUCCUGAGUGUUAUAAUGGGCUUUGAGAAGAAAGAAUUGGAGGAACAGCGUACGCAUUUAAUCCAAGAGACUAGUAUCAAUAAAAAGCUUCUGAAAAACCUUGGAGACUCCUUGCUUAGGGAGUUGGCCAUGUGUACAGGCAACAUGUUGGAUAACACAGAACUUGUGCAAACACUGGAGGAAACAAAACUCAAAGCCAGCGAGGUAUUUGAGAAAUUAAAGUUGGCUCAGACGACAUCCGUGAAUAUUGAUAAAAUGAGAGAUGGUUACCGACCUGCAGCGAAGCGAGGCGCUAUCCUCUUCUUUGUGCUGACAGACAUGGCUCUGGUUGACAGCAUGUACCAGUACUCGCUAGAAUCCUACCUGGAAGUCUUUAACUUAUCACUGCAGAAACGUAGUUCUGACAUUUCACUUCAACAAAGACUUAACGACUUCACGAACACUCUAACAUACAAUAUUUAUAAGUACGGCUGUACAGGGCUGUUUGAGAAGCACAAGUUGCUUUUUUCUCUCAACAUGACAAUCAAAAUUGAGCAGGCAGAGGGGAGGGUGCCACAGGAGGAGUUGGAGUUCUUUAUCAAGGGUAAUACGUCUCUGGAAAAAAGCACACGACAAAAGCCUUGUGACUGGCUUCCUGACCAGGGCUGGGAAGACGUGGUGAAACUUGCAGAGCUCUUCCCUGAACAGUUUGGCACUCUGCCUGAAGAUGUUGAAAAUAACAUCACUGAGUGGAAAUCCUGGUAUGACUCAGAUGCGCCGGAGCAGGCUCCGUUUCCCAUGAAAUACAAAGAGAACUUGUCUGCCUUUCAGAAGCUACUGCUGCUGCGCUGCUUCCGGGUUGACAGAGUUUUCCGAGCUGUGACUGACUAUAUCAGUGUUACCAUGGGCGAGAAAUAUGUACAGCCCCCUGUGAUCAACUUUUCUGCAAUUCAUGAACAAAGCACACCUUUCUCUCCCAUCCUUUUCAUCCUGAGUCCUGGUUCAGACCCAACCAGUGACCUGAUGAAACUAGCAGAGGAAUCAGGCAGCAGGUUUAAGUUCCUCGCCAUGGGCCAGGGGCAGGAGAAGGUGGCCCUAGAACUGUUGGAGAGUGCAGUUUCUUGGGGUCAGUGGUUAUUGCUACAAAAUUGCCACCUGUUAAAGAAGUGGCUAAAAGAUCUGGAAAAAGCAUUAGAAAAAAUCACAAAUCCCAACUCUAAUUUCCGUCUCUGGAUCACGACCAAUCCCAUUCAAGAUUUCCCCAUUGGCAUUCUGCAAAAGUCUCUAAAGGUAGUGACAGAGCCUCCCAAUGGUCUCAAGCUGAACAUGAGAGCCACAUACUCCAAAAUUUCUGAUGAGACCUUGAACACAUGCCCACACUCUGCAUUCAAAAGCUUGGUCUAUGUGCUGGCCUUCUUCCACGGUGUGGUGCAAGAGAGGCGCAAGUAUGGAAAAAUUGGUUGGAAUGUGCCCUACGACUUCAGCGAGUCCGACUUUUUUGUGUGUAUGGAGAUUCUGAACACCUACCUGACCAAAGCUCACAACCAAGAAGAUAUACCCUGGAGAAGUCUUAAAUAUCUUAUCGGAGAGGUGAUGUAUGGUGGGCGAGCAAUCGACAGCUUUGACCGAAGAAUCCUGACUGUCUACAUGGAUGAAUACCUCGGAGACUUCCUUUUUUAUACUUUUCGGCAGUUCCUCUUCUUCCAGAACAAAGAUGUGGAUUACAAAAUCCCUCCAUCUGGGUCAAAGGAUGUAUAUGUUGAUGAGAUUGAGAAGAUGCCUCUGGUGAACACACCUGAGGUGUUGGGACUUCAUUCCAAUGCGGAGAUUGGAUAUUACACUCUAGCUGUUAAUGAGAUGUGGGCUCACCUGAUAGACCUUCAGCCUCAGACAGGUGAAGCUCGUGGAAGUCUUACUAGGGAUGAGCACAUCAGCCAGGUGGCUCAGGACAUUCAGAACAAGCUUCCUGAGUUAUUUGACGUGGAUGUGAUUCGUAAGGCGUUUGGCACAGACAUAUCUCCAACCUCGGUGGUUCUUCUUCAAGAACUGGAGCGCUUUAACAAACUAGUGGUUUGCAUGCAGCAGUCUUUGGCUGAGCUGCAGAGGGCCUUAGCUGGUGAGGUAGGUAUGAGCAGUGAGCUCGAUGAAGUGGCUCAAGCCCUUUUCGAUGGCCACAUCCCUGCCAUUUGGAAGAAAUUGGCUCCUGAGACUCUGAAGUCUCUUGGGAACUGGAUGAUCCAUUUCAAGAGGCGCUAUGAACAGUACAGCUACUGGGUGAAAAAGGAAGAGCCAAAAGUUAUGUGGCUGUCAGGUCUUCACAUACCAGAGUCCUAUUUGACUGCUCUGGUUCAAGCUGCAUGCAGGAAAAAUGGCUGGCCUCUGGAACUUUCUACGCUUUACACAGAAGUCAGCCACUACCGCAGUGAGGAUGAAGUCACUGACAGACCAGAACAAGGCUGCUUUGUGUCUGGCAUGUAUCUGGAGGGAGCAGAUUGGGAUCUGGAGAARGGCUGCCUGGUGAAGAGUAAACCAAAAGUCCCGGUUGUUGAACUGCCCAUUCUCAAAAUCAUCCCCGUAGAGGCACGCCGCCUUAGACUACAGAAUACAUUGAGGACACCGGUYUACACCACAUCCGCGCGGAGGAAUGCGAUGGGUGAUGGUUUGAUCUUUGAAGCAGACCUGUGUACUACCAUACACCACUGCCACUGGGUCCUGCAGGGAGUGUGUUUGUAUCUGAACACGGACUAAGUCUACAGGCUUUAUCAGCAAGAUAAUUUCAGCUAGYGGGCAUGUUUUAACGUGUUUUCAAAUAACUGUGGACCUAUUUUGCACAAUUUGUUUUUGCAUCAGUACAGCAGAUGCUGCAAACUGUCGACCACAARCCAGUUUUUUGUUUUAUUAAUUUUUUUUGUCACAAUAACACAGUGUCAUUUYAUGUUCUGAAAGCUGCUUGAUGCCCUGUUCCUUUUGGUUAUGAGUAGACCCACAGUAUCACUAAAUCAUAAAAAGUGAAAGGCCCCUCUAAAUUCACUGUUGGUGGUUAUCAAUAUUGCACCU